GGGAUGUCAAGUUGGGGAAUCCAAUCAUUUUCAGUUUUACUUUAUGGUGUUCCGAAGUCUCUGAGGAGAUUUCGAAUCUGUUAUAAUGCCUUAUGGGUGAAAAGAAUUAUUAUCCUUCGCGAAGUGAGUUUUUGGAAGACAAAUUCCCCAAACUGUAUAAGUUUCUGAGAUCAAGUCAUGUCAGUGUUCCGGAAGGAAAAUACGGUUCUUCGUGCAAAGGUGCCUUCAAAGAGUGUCAGCGUAAUUCCAAACGCUGUGGAUUCCUGUCUGUUUUACCCGGAUGUAUCCAAGCGAGAUCCAAAGAAAAUCACCAUCGUAACAAUGAGCAGGCUGGUUUAUCGCAAGGGCAUUGAUCUUCUUGCUGGAGUCAUUCCAGCAAUAUGCGCUGCAUAUCCAUGUGUUCAAUUUUUGAUCGGCGGCGAUGGACCGAAACGCAUCGUCGUAGAAGAAGUUAGAGAAAAAUUUUGCAUGCAAGAAAGAGUCACAAUGCUCGGUGCUGUUGAACAAGGAAAAGCCGUGCGGGAUGUUCUUGUGAGAGGGGAUAUUUUCCUUAAUACCUCCCUUACUGAAGCGUUUUGUAUGGCGAUUGUUGAAGCUGCAUCGUGCGGACUUCAGGUUGUCAGCACACGUGUUGGGGGAAUUCCGGAAGUUCUACCGUCCGAUCUGAUUUGGCUUUCAGAUCCUACUGUGGAUGGUCUUGUGGCAGCAGUUUCGUCGGCGAUUGAUGCGAAAUUGAACGACAAAGCUGCUCCUCCGAACGUAGCUCAUGCGACUGUUGCUUCAAUGUACCAAUGGGAUGAUGUCGUCGAGCGCACGGAAAUCGUAUACAAUAUUGUCAUACAAGAUCAAUUUCCGUUGACCUUUUCGGAGCGCUUUCAGCGGCAUCUUCGGUCUGGGCCUUAUGCAGGAAAGUUUCUAGCCGGCUUGGUUCUUAUUUGUGAAGUCCUACUGUGGAUUAUAGACUGGUUCUGCCCCCGUGAAAGUAUAGAUAUGGCUGUUGAUUGGCAGGGAGAAUCCUGCCAGCGGAAAAAUCAAGAACAAAAUGGCGGUGGAGAUGUAGAAAAACUUGAAAACUCUGCUACGUGAACGAUGAUGUGAUGAUUGAUUCUUUACACCAAUGACCGAAGUGUUUGUUCGUGAA